AUGCAGGGGAAGCCGUACCUCGUGCUUGUACAGCACGAGAAAAUCACCGAAGAAGUCGAAACACCGACUAGUGAGAUUGCUGCGUUCCGCUGCGAGAGGAAGCUGCCUUGCGGCCACCGUUGCCCCUCCGUGUGCGGCGAGGACUGCCCCGGGUCGGAAUUCUGCAGGGAGUGCGCCAGGGUGGACACGCCCGCCAUGACGCAAGUGGUGGACAUGUUGGAGUUCACCACGCUCAAGGACCACGACCCGUCCAUCGACCCAAUCAUCGUGCUGGGCUGCGGCCACGCCUACACGCUCACCACCCUGGACGGCCUCCUGGGCCUCGAGUCAGCUUGCGCGAAGGACGAGAAGAGCGGGAGGUGGGUCGCGCCGCUGCCUCUCGAAUCCGACUGCAGCAAGCUUAAGCUUUGCCCGGACUGCCGUGCCCCGGUGUCCGGGGUGUCGCGGUACAACCGCGUCACCAACAAGGCGAAGGCGAGACGAUGGUGUCGGUCGUUCUGA